GUUACUACAAUUCCCAAGCAGCUUGCAGUGCUGUGCCUGGGAGAUGCUAAAUAAAUACUUGGUGGCCAGCUUUUUCCUCCACCCACCCCGGGCCUCCCCUCAGCUCAAAGUCCUACCCUUCCCGAAAAGCCCCUUCCCAGCAGCCAUUGCCCCUCCAAGCUGGCACGCCACUUUCUGCUCAAGCCCCCCGACCCAUCUAAGGACCAGUGAUUGGUCUGGCAUAUACCCAUCCACCUGUUUCAGUCGCAGCAGCGCCCGGCCAGCCAUCCUCCCUCCAGAUCAACUUUUAACGCAUAGGUUGUACAUCAGUAUCCCGAAUUUGGGGAGGAUUUGAGGAAAUUGGCUUAUUCUUUCUGUCCAUUGGCCGGGUGAGCCCGGGUUCUUGAGUGUCCCACAUGGGGAUUCUAGUAAAAUUUUAUGGUGUGUUCAUCUUUGUUGACUGGCUUUGUCAGGUAGUGGUUGUAAAUUAGUAGUUUGUGGGGGUAGUGAAGAAGAGACCCCAAGCUAACCCUAGCCUUGUACAUGUUUUUUGGCUUUUGGGAUAGGAAACACAGACCGAUGGUGAGGUCUAGGCACUUGGUUUGCAAACCUGUUGGCCAGGAACUCACUUCAGGUGGGAGUGGAGACCAGACACCACAGAGCUGUCCUCUGCCCCCAUGUGUGCCCCUCCUCCGCAUCACACAAUCAUAAUAAAAGGAGGGGAAAGGGAAGCAAAGGUGGCACAAAAGUCUGAGGAAGGGCUCUGGUGGUUAGAGCACUUGAGCCAGCGUGAGGACCAGAGGUUGGGUCUCCAGAGCCAUACACAUGCUAGGUGACCAUGGCAGCUCGCCUAUCAUCCCAGCCAUCCCAGGAAGACAGAUCCCCCUUGCAAGAGGGCUAGCUAGACUUGCCAAAACAGCAUAUUCUGCCUCGGCGAGAGCCCCUGUCUCCAUUAACAUGGUGGGGAGCAAGUGAAGAUGCCAGGCAUCAGCCUUGGGCCUCUUCGCUGGUGUGCGUGUGCAUCUACACGUGAAUUUGAACAUGUAAAUGGACACCAUACACAUGUACAAAACGUGAAAGACUUAAGAAAAAUCUUGGCUUGGAAGCCUGUGCCAAUCAUGGGAACAUUGGGGAAGCAGGAGGGCUGCUCUAGGUGUGAGGCCAGUUUCGGGUACAGUUUGGGACCUUGUCUCAGCAAGACUCAUCAGCCCCAAGUCUAAGAAGGAAUUAAAAACGGCUUCAGGCUCAACAUAGGAAGCCUGAACUUGCAGGAUGGCUCCUGCCACCUAUCACGAAUCUCUGUCAUUUCGGGGUGGUGGUGAGGGUGUCGGGGUGCCCGUCAGGGAAGCUGUAACUUCAUUUUCUGUGUACUGGAGUCCCCUGGCUAGGCAAGCUGGCAGAAGGGAUCAAAUGAGGUAAAGCGUGAAAAUACUUUAAAAACUGUGAAGUCAAUUCACAAUUGCCAAGAGCUGGGCUUGUUUGUCACUGUGGUGGAGUAGAGCAGGGGUAACUGCUGCCCUGGGGCUGCUGGGGGCCUGCAGCCCUUCCUCCCCACCACACAUGGAGAAUGCAUACACACACACACACACACACACACACACACAAUGUCUCCACCUAGCCAUCCUGGGAAAGUUGCUUUCUACAGGCUGGGUGAAUGGGUGAUUGCUCAAGUGUGGGGCAUUUGGGUUUUGACUCUUGUUAGCAGUGGUACAGGAUUCUGCGGUGUUAUGUUGCUUUAGAUGGGAACGAGUUAGGGGCAAUAGAGUAAGGAAGCUUUGGCCUGAAGUGUUCAGCUUGUGUUUGUAGUUCUGGGCACAAGAGGAGCGGCCCAGGUCCCCGAGGAAGCUGCCAGCUCCAGCCUGUGCUUCCAGCAGGGCUCACGCUCACUCUUUUAAUAUGGAGAGCACACAGAUGCUGGGGGAGUUGAGGUGGGCUGUGGGGAGGGGCCUCGCAAAGCAGAGGUGAUGGGGAGGAAAAGACCUUUACCUAGGCAGCUAGUAGAAGGUGAGGUGGGAGAAGAUGAGGUCCCCAACUCUGCUGCCCUCCUGUUUUCUUUCUUAGAAGGGGCUUGAUUGCUUAGCUUGGAGGGCUGGGCAAACAGAUUGUUUUGUUCUCAUUUUAAAGUAUGUGUCAGUGUGUCUGUCUGUUUCAUGGUAGGGGAUGGUGUCAGGGGACAACUUGAAGAAGUUGGUUUUCUCUUUCCACCAUAUGGGUCCUGGGGAUCAAACUCAGGUCAGCAGGCUUGGCCACAGGCUCCUUUAUCAGCUGAGCCAUUUCUCCAGCCUGAUGCUGUUGCUUUCCAGCCUGUUCUUUUCCUGGGGACUUGCCUCCUAAGGACUUUCUCACUGGACAGUGCUGUGAGGGAAGCCUUUACUUGCUAAUGAGGAGCAAGGAAGCCCACAGGCCUCCCUUAUUUUAAAUGUUCCACUGCCUCUCCCUGGAUACAUGCUGAGUGACAGGCCUGCACUAUCUGCCUUGCUGGGGAUUGAACCCAAGGCCUUGUGCAUGCUAGACAAGCAUUCUCCCAAAUGAGCCGGCCAUAUGCUUCUCUGUGCUGGGUUGUCCUCUGAGAUGCUCACAGCAUCCCUGGUCUCCACCUCCUAGCAGCCAGCAGCACCCUUCUGCCCAGCUGCCUAGUGUCUGUAGUCAUUGUCCACAGUCCUCGGGAAGUUGAGUCUCCCUCAGUCAAGAGCACAUGGCUUCAGGCAGCACGCAGUGGACUGCCUGCUGCUCCCUGGGUCCCUUCAGUGUGAGGAGGAAGCCCAGUGCUGCUGAGUUCUGGGCACUUCUCUCUGGCUGGUUUGCAGGCCUGAGAACUUGCACGCUUGCCUUGGGUCUUCCCUUGCCUUUGCAGUGGCCCUGCCACAUGCACAUUGCCGCUGCUUAUUCUUUUUCUAUUUUCAUUUUCUCUUUUUAAAUUAAGCGUGUCCUUGUGUCCACCUCCCACCCCACCCUUCAAGCUGUGUGUGUGUUACACACGUGUUCGUAGUGUGCAUAGAAGUCUAAGGAUAACUUGGAUGACACACUUCUCUCCUUCCGCCACGUAGAUCCUAGGUAUCCAAUUCAUGUCUUCAGGAUUGUCUGCAAGCCCCUCUACCAGGCUGAGCUGUAUUGCUAGCCCUCCUUCCUUAGACUUUCCAGCCAGGGAGGCUGCAUAAGGGUGGGAGGCUGCAAGGUGAGAGUAGGGCACCCUGCUCCUCUCCUGCUGGACAGCGCUCCCUCACUGCCAAGACCAGGACUGACCGAGUAGGCUCCAGAUUGUUUGAAGGAGUGUGGGGCUCUUUGUUUGGAAUGGGGACAGUAUCUAGCCCUCAGAGUGGCUUUUCCCCUAAAGCCUUUUAUGAGCCCAUGCUCAUGAGUAUGUGAAGACUGCAGGUUGUAUCUUUCUCUUUUGCUCUCAACUUUAUUGCUUUUUCAGUUUUUGUGUCUAUGCAUAUAUGAGUGUGGACACACGGAGGUCAGAGAAAACCUCAGAUGUUGGUCCUUCCACCUUGUUGGAGACAGGGUCUCUUGCUGGAGGCAUCAUUCAUCAGGCUGACUGGUCCAUGAGCUCCCAGGGGUCCUCCUGUCUCUACCUCCCAACUCUCUGUAGGAACACCAUGCAUCUAUCUAUACAUGGGUUCUGGGGAUUAGAACUCAGGUCCUCAUGCAUGUGCAGCAAGCACUUUACCUACUGAGCCAUCUCUCCAGCCAUCUGCUUAAACCAGGAGUUCACCAAUUUUGCUAGAUUGGAUGACCAGCAAGUCUCUGGGAUAUUCCUUUUUCUACCUCCAUAGUGCUAGGGUUAUAUCUACCUCCCCAGGCAGAAAUGCUUGGCUCUUACGUGAGUAUUGGUGAGUAUUGGGACUUGAUCUCAGGUCCUGUGUUUGUGCAGCCAGCACUUUUCUGACUGAGCCCUCUACACUGCCCUACAAAAUGUUAUUUAAAAAUAAAUACUGAGGGCAGGACUACAGGGAUUGUGCGUGCUAAGCAUGUCCUGUGCUUAUGUCAGGUGCUGGAGAGGUGGCUCAACAGUUAAGUGCACACACUACCUUUGUAGAGGCCCUGAGUGUAAUUCCCAACACGUGUUAGGUGACUCACAGGUACCUGUAACUCUAGCUUCAGGGGAUCUGACACCUUCUAGACCCUGGGCACCUACAUCCAAGGGUACACAGCAUCAUUCCUCCCACCCUACACAUAUACAGAUAAUAAUAAAAAUAACAUGACGGUGUAAGCCAGGCAUGGUCGUGCGUGCGUACAAUCCUAGCACUUAGAAUAAGAUAAAAUGAUGGUGUAAGCCAGGCAUGGUCAUGUGUGCACAAUCCUAACACUCAGAAUAAGAUAAAAUGAUGGUGUAAGCCAGGCAUGGUCGUGCGUGUGCACAAUCCUAGCACUCAGAAGGUUGAAGUGAAAGGAUCCUUACCGCUUCAUUUAUUCUUUUGGUGUGCAGAUCUGUGGCAUUAAUAUCAAUGCAUUUACAGUUUUAUGCCAUUGUCACCACCCUCCCCUGUGCCCAGCCGAAGCCCUGAACCCGUUCAGCAUUUGCCAACAGUUCUGUCCCAACUUCAGGUUUUUGUGUUCAGCCUGCCCCAACUCCUGGCUCCUCUGUAAGGAACAUCCUACAGAGGUUUUAUCUUUCUUGUCCCCCUCCCUCCCUGUGCUGGGACCUGAACUCAAGUCCUUUAGAUGAGCCACAAGGACUCUCAACCACCGAGCUGUCUCUCCAGCCCAAGUCCCUUUUUUAGCAGUACUGGUAGUUGAAGACAGGGCCUUGUGCAUGCUAGGAAAGUGCUUGACCACUUGGCAGCAUCUCCAGCCCUCUUGGGGCAGGGAAUGGGGAGCUUGAACUUCUGAUCCUUCUGCACCUGCUACCUGAGUGCUAGGAUUACGGGUGUGUCCACCACGUCUGGUUUAUGUGAUACUGAGGUCAAACCCAGGGCUUUGUGAGUGCUAGGCUGGCUCUCUGCCAGCUGUCUGUGCCUGACUUGUUACACUUGUCAUCGCGUCCUCAGGGUCUGCACAGCCUCGGGGCAGCACUGGGCAGCACAGGUGCCCUGGGCCAGCCCAUUUGUUGUCUCUCAGCAGCCACACAGAGUCACCCCAGAUUCCAGGGUGCUUGGAUUCUGGGUCACCCCAUUGUCUGCCAUGGUGUCUUAGCUACAGGGGAGACCGUCUUUCUUUCUCCUUCCUCCAGACUCCUGGCAUCCUGCAGCGGAUGGGGACUGCAGAGGCACACUGGUCCAACCUCCUGCCCAGCCAGUGAUAGAAACCCAGGCACACCCCUGGACACUGCCUGCCCUUCUUCCUCUACUCUGCCCUUCCUAGAUGAACCCGCUUCCAAGAGUCUCCUACCCAGGCUCCUAAAGGAACCUGCCCCUGUUGCCCCUGCUGCUCACCAGCCUCAGAGAUUGAACUUGCCUCUUCCCAUAUGGAUCUUUCCCAGAUGUGAGAGUUCUUCCCUGGCACUACUGAAGCUAUAGACCAUAGCUAGGUGCUUGGGAACUCUAGGUCAGCUCAGCCCAGGCCCUGCCAGAACAGAGAGCCCUUGUCUCCCCUGCUUCCCAGGGCAAGACUGUCAGGGCUCUCCCCUACCCUGACUGACUUGGGUUAACUCAUGGUGUGUUAACUCAUGGUGUGCGUGGUCCCGUGUCUGGUUUAGGUAUUUGAACAGUACACACCUGGUCGUCCUUUUUCUGCUCAUCCUUGACCUUUGAGAAGAAUCUCGGCUCCACGAUGGCAGCGGAGACACUCAACUUUGGACCUGAGUGGCUGAGGGCUCUUUCGAGUGGUGGCAGUGUGACCUCUCCACCCCCAUCUCCUGCUAUGCCCAAAUACAAGCUAGCAGAUUACCGCUAUGGGCGAGAGGAGAUGCUGGCCCUCUAUGUCAAGGAGAAUAAGGUCCCCGAGGAACUGCAGGACAAGGAAUUUGCUGCAGUGUUACAGGAGGAACCACUGCAACCUCUGGCCCUGGAGCCUCUGACUGAGGAGGAGCAGAGAAACUUCUCCCUGUCAGUGAACAGUGUGGCUGUACUGAGGCUGAUGGGGAAAGGGGCUGGGCCCCCUUUGGCUGCCACCUCCCGUGGCAGGGGCAGCACACGGAGCCGAGGCCGUGGCCGUGGUGACAGCUGCUUUUACCAAAGAAGCAUUGAGGAAGGGGAUGGAGCCUUUGGACGCAAUCCCCGGGAGAUCCAGCGAAGCCAGAGCUGGGAUGACAGAGGUGAGAGGCGGUUUGAGAAGUCUGCAAGGAGGGAUGGAGCACGAUCUGGGUUUGAGGAGGGAGGGGCUGGCCCAAGGAAGGAGCACGCACGCUCGGACAGUGAGAACUGGCGCUCACUGCGAGAAGAGCAGGAGGAGGACGGCAGCUGGAGACUCGGGGCAGGACCCCGGAGAGACAGCGAUCGCUGGCGUUCCACCAGUCCUGAUGGUGGUCCCCGCUCUGCUGGCUGGCGGGAGCAUGGGGAGCGGAGGCGCAAAUUUGAUUUUGAUUUGCGAGGGGAUCGAGGAGGGUGUGGCGAAGAGGAUGGGCGGGUUGGGGGAGGCAGCUCUCACCUCCGGAGAUGCCGAGGGCUCGAUGGUUUUGAAGAUGACAAGGAUGGGCUCCCUGAGUGGUGCCUGGACGACGAAGAUGAGGAGAUGGGCACCUUCGACGCCUCCGGGGCCUUCCUGCCUCUCAAGAAGGGCCCCAAGGAACCUAUUCCUGAGGAGCAAGAGCUUGAUUUCCAGGGCCUGGAGGAAGAGGAGGAGGAGCCUUCGGAAGGGGUGGAUGAAGAGGGGCCUGAGGCAGGUGGGAAGGAGGUGACCUCAUUGCCUCCUCCUGAGAAACCUAGCUCCCCCUCUUCACUGCCUGCCUUGGGCCCUCUCUGGACGACGAGCGAGGAUGGUGAUGAGGUGGUGGAGAAAGAGCUUCCGGCAGCUGAAGGAGACGAGAUGAGGGGUCUGUCUCUGAGUCCUGCAGUCGGCUCGCCUCCUGGCCCACCUGGAGAUCUAGAAGAUGAAGAAGGCUUGAAGCACCUGCAGCAGGAGGCAGAGAAGCUGGUGGCCUCCUUGCAGGACAGCUCCUUGGAGGAGGAACAGUUUACGGCCACCAUGCAGACCCAGGGCCUUCGCCACUCCACAGCCGCCACUGCCCUUCCCCUCAGCCAUGGCGCUGCCCGAAAGUGGUUCUACAAGGACCCACAGGGGGAGAUCCAAGGCCCCUUCACAACCCAGGAGAUGGCUGAGUGGUUCCAGGCUGGCUACUUCUCCAUGUCACUCCUAGUGAAGAGGGGCUGUGAUGAGGGUUUUCAGCCUCUGGGAGAGGUGAUCAAGAUGUGGGGCCGCGUGCCCUUUGCCCCUGGGCCCUCGCCACCCCCGCUGCUGGGGAACAUGGAUCAGGAGCGGCUGAAGAAGCAGCAGGAGCUGGCUGCCGCGGCCCUGUACCAGCAGCUGCAGCACCAGCACUUUCUGCAGCUGGUCGGCAGCCGCCAGCUUCCGCAGUGCACGACGCUCCGGGAAAAGGCAGCUAUGGGGGACCUGACGCCGCCGCAGCAGCAGCAGCUCACGACAUUCCUGCAGCAGCUCCAGGCUCUCAAAACCCCCAGGGGUGGGGACCAGAACCUGCUCCCGACGAUGAGCCGGUCCUUGUCGGUGCCAGAUUCAGGCCCCCUCUGGGACUUACAUACCUCAGCUUCAUCACAGUCAGGUGGUGAGGCCAGUCUUUGGGACAUACCCAUUAACUCUUCGACUCAGGGUCCAAUUCUAGAACAACUCCAGCUGCAACAUAAAUUUCAAGAGCGCAGAGAAGUGGAGCUCAGGGCGAAGCGGGAGGAAGAGGAGCGCAAACGCCGUGAGGAGAAGCGCCGCCAGCAGCAGCAGGAGGAGCAGAAGCGGCGGCAGGAGGAGGAGGAGCUUUUUCGACGCAAGCAGGUUAGGCAGCAGGAGCUGCUGCUGAAGCUGCUACAGCAGCAGCAGGCAACGAAUGUCCCCGUGCCCCCUGCACCGAGCUCCCCGCCCCCACUCUGGGCUGGCCUGGCCAAGCAGGGCCUGUCCAUGAAGACUCUGCUGGAGCUGCAGAUGGAAAGUGAGCGGCAGCUGCACAAGCAGCCUGCACCCCGGGAUCCUCUGCGGGCCCAGGCCCCCAACCACCGAGUGCAGCUUGGGGGCUUGGGCACUGCCCCUCUGAACCAGUGGGUGUCUGAGGCUGGGCCACUGUGGGGCGGGCCAGACAAGAGUGGGGGCAGCAACAGUGGCAGCCUGGGACUCUGGGAAGACACCCUCAAGAGUGGCGGGAACCUGGCCCGAAGCCUGGGCCUAAAGAACAGUCGGAGCAGCCCGUCUCUCAGUGACUCGUACAGCCACCUGUCAGGUCGCCCUGUUCGCAAAAAGACAGAAGAGGAAGAGAAGUUGCUGAAGCUGCUGCAGGGCAUCCCUCGGCCCCAGGAUGGCUUCACACAGUGGUGUGAGCAGAUGCUACACACCCUGAGCACCACGGGCAGCCUGGAUGUGCCCAUGGCUGUAGCGAUCCUCAAGGAGGUGGAGUCCCCCUAUGAUGUCCAUGAUUAUAUCCGUUCCUGCCUGGGGGACACGCUGGAAGCCAAAGAAUUUGCCAAACAAUUCCUGGAGCGGAGGGCCAAGCAGAAAGCUAGUCAGCAGCGGCAGCAGCAGCAGCAGCAGCAGCAGCAGGAGGCCUGGCUGAGCAGCACCUCCCUGCAGACAGCCUUUCAGGCCAACCACAGCACCAAACUGGGCCCUGGGGAGGGCAGCAAGGCCAAGAGGCGGGCGCUGAUGCUCCACUCAGACCCCAGCAUUUUGGGGUACUCCCUGCACGGCCCUUCUGGUGAGAUCGAGAGCGUGGAUGACUACUGACCAGCCUGUCCCACCAGCCCCCUGGGCUUUAGGCUUGGGUGAUGGCAGCGGUGGCAUGGACCCUCGGGUCUCCAGCCUGCAGGCUCCCAACAAGGAGCAGAGGAGGAAGCAAGUGGGGCAGGGUCCCCAGCACUUGUUACAAACC